GCCCACAGCGACAGCCAGCGUCAGUGGCAACCACAGCCACCCACACACACACACACACACACAUCCGCACAUGCACAGCAUUCAGCUGCUGCACAAUGCAUCGGCUGGAGGACUGCCCCAUGGCCUCGGCCUGCUGACCACUGUGGCAUCGCUGCCUCCCAAAUAUCGCAGUCGCUAUCUGAACAUGAAAACCAAGUGUGAAAUUCCAUUGGAUCUGUCUGUGAAACCGCCAUCGCCAGUGCCAAUGCCAAUACCAAUGCCAAUGCCAAUACCAACAGUUCCAAUGUCGAGCUGUGAUGUGCCAAUGGCAACCACAUUUGCUGAGCUUCACAGCGAGCCAGCAGAAGCACGAACUGAAGAGCACUUGCCACAGGAGGUGGCACAGGAGGUGGUCGUUAUCACAGAGAAACCGAUAACACCGCCACAAAGUCCAGUUGCAGUUGCAGUUGCCGUUGCAGUCAAGCGCUCGUUGAGCGAGCAAAGCGAAUCGCAGCCAGCUGCCAAAUUGGCCAAAUCAGCUGAGAGUCUCACAUCACAGGUCGUCGACGUGGAUGCCACGCCCGUUAAGCCCAUUAAGGUGUCGGACACGGCACCGCGCACCGCCAAAGCAGCCACAACGAGUGCCAAAUCGACACGGAACAAGGCGACUCGCAAAUUAAAGUUCGACGAGGAGACGAGCUCACCGGUGUCGGGCACGAUAAUCAGACCGCUGGAGGACAUCACCGAUGGCAGCAUGCAGUACAGCAAUGGCGACAUUGAUCCCAAGUACAACAUUGUCGAGAUUACCGAGGAGACAAAAGCGGAGCUGGCGGCCAUCAAGAAUGUAAUUGGUGACUAUGUUUGUCGCUUGUGUCGCAUCAAGUUUGAUGAUGCCUUCGGUCUGGCUCGUCAUCGUUGCGCCUGCAUUGUGCUGCUCGAGUAUCGUUGCCCCGAGUGUGGCAAGCAGUUCAAUUGCCCCGCCAAUCUGGCCUCCCAUCGACGCUGGCACAAGCCCAAGAAGGAUGCGGCCAAAAAGGAGAAUCGCAACACAAGCAAUCAACAGGAGCAGCCUCAAUCCACGUCAAAGAAGUCCAGCGAGGAGCUGGCCUUUGGCUGCAACGAGUGUGGCAAGAAGUUCAAACGUGCCGCAUAUCUGCGCAAGCAUCAGCAGACGCAUCAGGAGCAGGAGACGGAGACGGAGCAGGAACAGGAGCGACAGCCAGCGGCAACCACAACAACAAUAACUGGCAGCUUCCAGACGUCUGUCUACAAAUCCAACAGCUCCAGUUCGGCGAGCAGCUCACAUUCCUACGCCGGCACACACGAGGAUGAGGGCGUCUAUGUGGCAGGUGCGGCCAGCAGCAGCCACUACGACUACGAGGCCGACUACCUGUCCGACUGCAGCUCCUCCACCUCCUCGGCGGGCUAUGGCCGUCUGCAGAUUGUGGAGCACGGUCUCACCGAGGAGGAGAGCAUCGCAGCAGCCGCUUUGACGAAUCUUCGGAACUGCGCCUCCGUCAUCCAACACACGACAAUGGCGCACUGA